UCGAAAAAGACAAGAUAGAGUCAAAGACAAGAAGACCAAACCCAUCUCUCUCUCUCUCUUUCUCCCAAAGGAGGUCCCCCUCCAAUCCGUUUUCCACUCUACCCAUCAACCAACAACAAACACAAACAUUCCUCUCUCUCUCUCUCUCUCUAUUUUCAUAUUUUAAGCAAACCCCACAACCAUCACCAUCAUCAUCACUCUUACCACCUCAUGAAGCCUCCCCUCUCUCUCUCUCUCUAUCUCUCUCUCUCUCUCUCUUGCUAUUUUACAAACAUAUCAUUUGGCUAUAUAUCUUUCUCUUUAUCUCCAUCAACCAAGUUAAAAACAGAAACAAAAGGCUCUCCACUAUAGAUCUAACCAAAUAUAUCCAUCCAAAACAAUCUAAAACAAAAUGAGAAAGCCGGAUCUAAUGGGGAAAGAUAGAGUGAACAAUAACGCUACCAAAGCUAAGCUUAGAAAAGGGUUAUGGUCACCAGAGGAAGAUGAGAAGCUCAUCAAGUACAUGUUAACAAAUGGUCAAGGAUGUUGGAGUGACAUUGCCAGGAAUGCUGGUUUGCAAAGAUGUGGAAAGAGUUGCCGUCUUCGUUGGAUUAACUAUUUGAGACCUGACCUCAAAAGAGGUGCUUUUUCCCUUCAAGAAGAGGAGCUUAUUGUCCAUUUGCACUCCAUUCUUGGCAACAGGUGGUCUCAAAUUGCGGCUCGUCUUCCUGGAAGGACAGACAACGAAAUAAAGAAUUUUUGGAAUUCAACGUUAAAGAAAAGAUUGAAGAUGAAUAAUAACAAUAAUAGCAAUCCUUCCACAGCAUCACCCAACGACAGUGAUUCUUCGGAACCAAGAGAUGUCAUAGGAAAUAUCAUUCCCAUGCAUGAUCAUGACCUAAUGACUAUGUGCAUGGACUCAUCUUCCACAUCUUCCGCCUCCAUUCAAGCCAUGGUGGCUGGCGUCAAUAACCAAUUUGAUCCUUUCUCCAUGCUUACUAAUAACGGCCGGUUCGAACUGACUGGGGCAGCUGGUCUGUUUGACAUGCCUACAUGCUUGACACAGGUUGGUAUAAUGGGAGAGGGGAUUUAUGGUGAUUAUGGGAUUUUGGAGAAUCAAAAUAAAUUUGGGCUAGAAAGGGACCUUUGUCUUCCUCCACUAGAGAGUAGCAGAAGCAUUGAAGAGAAGAAGAGUAUUAGUGAUAAUAAUAAUAAUAAUAAUAAUCAUAAUAAUAAUGCUGUAACUAAUGACAGCAUUAUUAGCAUGAAAAGCAAUAUCAACCACAACAGCAACAACUAUAUCCACAACAACAACAACAACCACUUCAAUAAUAAUCUUAAUAAUAAUAAUACUUGCUUCAAUAGCACUGAUCUUCAUCAGAGCUUAAAAGUAGAGGACAUGUUUGGGUUUGAAAAUCAUUGGCAAGGAGAAAACUUAAGAAUGGGAGAAUGGGAUUUAGAAGGUCUGAUGGAAAAUAUUUCUUCCUUUCCUUUUCUUGAUUACCAAGUUGAAUAACUUUAUCAUCUUUCUUUUAAAGCUAUACCCCAAGCCACAUAUAUAUGUCCUAGGAAAUUUUGGGCAUACAUUCUUUUUUCUUCAAAUUACUUUGUUCUUGCUCUCUCUCA